AUGGCUAGCGACGCAGAAGACAACGUGAGGCCAAAGAAACGUCUCGUGCCUGGCACCAAGCGCAAGCACUCUCAAUCUCCCGAGCGCAGUGGUGGAAGGAGCGCAAGACGUGAAGAGUCCGAAGACCAAGACGAGUUGCCGCAGCCCUACGAUGCAAAGAAACUCGAACCCGCCAAGAAGCGCCAACGAUCGACGUCCCCUUCAGCUGGAGCCCGCAAGCAGAAGAGACCUGGUCGAGUAGCACGUCUCUCCUCGCGCGAACGAGACGAAGCAAGAAGACGCCAGGAAGAGCGCGAAAAGGCUGCUGCCAUUGCCGCAGAGCAGGCCGCGAGGGGCGCUAUUAAUGAUGUCGUGCGACAGCACUACAACGCGGUGCCCGAGAGAGGUCGAGACUGGCGCAAGACAGACAGCAACAUCAAGGGCCUACGAGUGUUCAACAAUUGGGUCAAGAGCACCAUCAUUCAAAAGUUCUCGCCCGAUGAGGAUCACACACCAGGUGCCCAUGAGCAGGGCAGAGAUUUAGCCGGCGUCGGAGGCAAAGAAUUGCUGGUCCUCGACAUAGGCUGCGGAAAAGGUGGUGACUUGGGAAAGUGGCAGCAGGCACCCCAACCCGUACAACUCUAUGUUGGUCUGGACCCCGCCGAAAUCUCGAUCCAACAGGCUGAGGAUCGCUACCAUCAAAUGUCACAACGAGGCGGACGAGGCGGCAGGGGUGGCAGGGGCGGCCAUAGGGGUGGCCGCAACCAACGCUUGUUUGAAGCCUAUUUCUACCCCAAAGAUUGCUACGGCACUUCAAUCGGUGACAUCAACAUUAUCCAGGAUGUCGGUUUCGAGUCCUCCAAUCCUGCUCGCGGUUUUGACAUUGUCAGCAUGAUGUUUUGCAUGCAUUACGCCUUUGAGUCGGAGCAGAAGGCUCGUCAGAUGCUCAAGAAUGUUUCGGGGGCACUCAGAAAGGGCGGUCGGCUGCUUGGAUGUAUACCCAACUCUGAUAUCAUUGGUGAAAAUGUCACCAAAUUCAACGAACGCAUGAGCGCCAAGAAAGCUGAAGAAGCCGACGGUGAAGCACCCCCAUCUGAUGACCAUGAGGAGGGAGAAGCUGAGCAAACGGCGGAAUGGGGCAACAGCCUGUACAGAGUGAGAUUCCCCGGCAAGACUCCAGAAGACGGCAUCUUCCGACCUCCUUUUGGCUGGAAGUACAACUUCUUCUUGGAUGAAGCAGUCGAAGAGGUGCCCGAGUACGUUGUGCCAUGGGAGGCGUUCAGAGCUCUUGCAGAAGACUACAACCUUGAAUUGCAAUGGCAUGAAUCCUUCAAGGACAUUUGGGAGAAGGAGAAAGACGACCGAAUACUGGGGCCGCUCAGCGAAAGAAUGGGCGUUCGCGAGCGGGGUGGUGGUCCGAUGCUCGUCACACCCGCGGAGCUGGAGGUUGCAAAUUUCUACGUUGCAUUCUGUUUUUACAAAGUCUAA